AUGCUCAGCCGCAGUGGUGUCAGCGAUAGCGAGGUGCUUAUCCGUCUGGAUACGUCGGUGCUUGAGGGUCGCCUAAACAACUUGGCAAAUGAGUGGGAAACUGAUCUGAAAUGUAUCCGUGCUCGAGUCGAGACGUGCGCAGCGAAUGUUCGCUCUGUCACCGGUGACGUAGAUGCUAUUCAGCGCUUUUUACUAUCGUAUCACAGGCAAGAGAUGGCGGCCACACUUGCAGUGCAUCCCACUGAGGCGAGUGGUGUCACAGCCGAGGAUGAUGCCCAGAGGCUGCUUAAUCGUUUCGUUACUGCCACCACCACCACCGAGGGCAGCUCAACAGAAAACAUACUAGGAAUGGUGGCCGUGGCACGUCGUCUUCUAGCCGAGAACGAAGCCCUUCGAACGCUGCUUGAGUCCGCGACAGCAACCCUAUCCACGCGCCCAACGGGGAGCGCUGGUCUGCAGCAGGAGGUGGCGCAGCUGCGGGAUCAAACAACACAGCAAUCAGCUGCGUUGCGGAGCAUUACCUCGUGGCUUCCUAUGUUGGGAUUGACACAGAACGACUGCGCCAGUGAAGCUAGCGACGGUGACGUGUCAUUGGUCAUGAGCGCCCCCACAGAGGCCACAGUUGACGGGCACACGAUCGAAGCGAUUAUUUCCCGUUCCCCUCUCCUCCUGUCUCUUCGGCAGAUCCUGCUGCGCGACCUCACGGAACGCCUCACAUCCGUCGUGGACCAGCAAUCCAGGGACUUCCACGAUACGGUGGCCCACCUCCAAGAUCGACUGCAGAGAGCCAGGAAGGGUACCGCUGACUUAGUCGGUGCGCAGUCGACUGGAGUUGUCGCCGAGCUGCAGGAGACCGUUCGGUCCUUGAAGAAGCGACUCAAAGACAUGGAUGAGUGUGCGGUGAAGCGAGACGAAUUCACGUCGCUGAUGCGAUGCAAGGCGGACUCACUACUGAUGCCGGCAAAGGCCGACAACGCGUCACUGACAGACUUGGAGUCGCGCCUGGUGGCACGGUGUGCUGAGCUAGAGGAACGGUGCGCCUUCGCUGAUGCAGAGCGUGCCGAGUUUCGUGCACUUCUGCGCUCUAUCAUUGUGGCCCUACCGCACUCGACAAUCGCUGCAGCGCCAUCGAAUCUCAAGGAGGCUUCACAGGCGACUGUGCAAACUCGUUCCACAGUAGUAGCCCCAGAGGCACUGCUUGGUGAAAUUCUACCGGCGCUAAGAGCCAACCCCGCCUUUCCGGCGCUGGCGCCGCCAUCCCGGCAGGAAGGGGCUCCCCCUCAUCCGCGUGGCGCUUCAACCCCGCAACAGAUCUUCCGAGUCGUGGGCACCUCGCACGGCAGCGGUGUGCACGGCGUCAUUCUCGGCUCUGCAACACAGAAAGAACAUGUAAAACCACUUGGGAACCCCACAGCGGCGCAGCGUGAGACCCUGCAAGCAAACCCAGCUCUCUCACCAAGCGCCGACGGAAGUGUUGUCGCCAUUGGGAUGACACCGACGCAGGGUGCCUAUGCCGCCUAUGUCUCGGAGCAGCUAACGCGCCGCCAUGUCGCCUCGCUUCCGGCGCUGCCGUACGAGAGGGCUUCGAGUCUGCAGUGA